AUGAAAGACGAAAUCACAGAAAUAGCAAAAAGCUCAACCGCAGCGGGCAGUUCGUCUGAAUCCUCCAAGGCUUCAAGUGGUGGCGCAUCAACACCAAGUGGUGCAUCGCCACCAAGUGGUGCAUCAACACCAAGUGCUGCAUCGCCACCAAGUGGUGCUUCAACACCAAGUGGUGCAUCGCCACCAAGUGGUGCAUCGCCACCAAGUAGUGCAGUAACACCAAGUGGUGCGUCAACACCAAGUGGUGCAUCAACACCAAGUGGUGCAUCGCCACCAAGUAGUGCAGUAACACCAAGUGGUGCAUCGCCACCAAGUGGUGCAUCGCCACCAAGUGGUGCAUCAACACCAAGUGGUGCAUCGCCACCAAGUGGUGCAUCAACACCAAGUGGUGCAUCAACACCAGUGUCAUCAACACCAAGUGGUGCAUCAACACCAAGUGGUGCAUCGCCACCAAGUGGUGCGUCAACACCAAGUGGUGCAUCAACACCAAGUGGUGGAUCGAAAUCAAGUGAAGGCUCUUCAGCUCCAACAGCCGCACCAGGUAGUUCGACACCCAAAGCUUCAAGUGGUGCAUCAACAUCAAGGGAUACAUCAGCGGCAAGUGGCACAUCUGCAGCAUCAUCCGGGGAUGCAUCUUCAACCCCAAAAGCCGCGUCAGGUAGCUCACCUGGAGCCUCCCCGGCUUCAAGUGGACCUUCUACAUCAAAAUUAAGUAGUGCAUCAACACCAAGUGGUGCAUCAGUCUCAAGUGGAGCAGCAUCUUCCACGCCAUCAGGAGGAGCAACUCCACCACCAUCAGGAGCAGCAUCUUCAACGCCAUCAGGAGGAGCAACUCCACCACCAUCAGGAGCAGCAUCUUCAACGCCAUCAGGAGGAGCAACUCCACCACCAUCAGGAGCAGCAUCUUCAACGCCAUCAGGAGGAGCAACUCCACCACCAUCAGGGGCAGCAUCUUCAACACCAUCAGGAGGAGCAUCUUCAGCACCCUCGGGAGCAGCCUCUUCAACACCAUCAGGAGGAGCAUCUUCAGCACCCUCGGGAGCAGCCUCUUCAACACCAUCAGGAGGAGCAUCUUCAGCACCAUCGGGAGCAGCCUCUUCAACACCACCAGGAGCUUCUGCAUCACCAUCAGGAGCAGCUUCUUCAACACCAUCAGGAGGAGCAUCUUCAGCACCCUCGGGAGCAGCCUCUUCAACACCACCAGGAGGAGCUUCUGCAUCACCAUCAGGAGGAGCAUCUUCAACACCAUCAGGAGGUGCAUCUUCAUCAUCGUCAGGAGGAGCAUCUGCAUCACCAUCAGGAGGAGCAUCUUCAACACCAUCAGGAGGAGCAUCUUCAACACCAGCAUCCGUAUCAUCUGCCUCUACACCAUCCAGUGGAUCAAGUGGACCUCCAACUUCAGCAUCUGGCUCAACAGGACCCUCUUCACCACCUGGGUCUACACCAAGUAGAGGAUCGACGCCAUCACAAGGAUCAACCGGACCUUCAACACCACCUGCAUCUACACCAAGUGGAGGAUCGACACCAUCACAAGGAUCAACCGGACCCUCAACACCACCUGCAUCUACACCAAGUGGGGGAUCGACACCGUCACAAGGAUCAACCGGACCCUCAACACCACCUGCAUCUACACCAAGUGGAGGAUCGACAAAAUCACAGGGCUCAACUGGACCCUCUACACCAGCUGCGUCUACACCAAGUGGAGGAUCAACGCCAUCACAAGGAUCAACCGGACCUUCAACACCACCUGCAUCUACACCAAGUGGAGGAUCGACACCGUCUCAAGGAUCGACUGGACCCUCAACACCACCUGCAUCUACACCAAGUGGAGGAUCGACACCAUCACAAGGAUCAACCGGACCCUCAACACCACCUGGAUCUACACCAAGUGGAGGAUCAACACCAUCACAAGGCUCGACUGGACCCUCUACACCACCUGCAUCUACACCAAGUGGAGGAUCGACGCCAUCACAAGGAUCGACCGGACCGUCAACACCACCUGCAUCUACAUCAAGUGGAGGAUCGACACCAUCGCAAGGAUCAUCUGGACCCUCAACACCAUCUGCAUCUACAUCAAGCGGAGGCUCGACACCAUCACAAGGAUCAUCUGGACCAUCUACAUCACCAGCAUCUACAUCAAGUGGAGCAUCAACGUCAACAGGGAGUUCGACCACGGUAAAUCCUUUGAUAAAGAUAUAUCAAGAUAUAGCAACUAAAAAGGUAGAAUUUGAUGCAUACAGCAAUGUCUCCAGUGAAAUUUCCGGACUGCAAAGCGACUUACAACAAGUGAAAACAGCAGCUAAUGCAAGACGACACAAAAGACAGGCGACGGGCACCACCCUUUCACCAUCCCAGAGGAGUGAUUAUAUAGAAAGCGUAUUGAGAGAAACACUAGACAUCCUCAAUCGGGUGUUAUCUCUCAUUUCUCCAAAUGUCAAUGAAAUUUAUGGCAUCAGCAUAAGCAUAACUUCAGGAAGAAACAAAAUGAAAAUCGUUCUUCAGUAUGUCAACAAUGACAAGUCCGUUGUGUCAAAUACAUCGUCUAUCCUCCUUGGCAACGCGAUCGAGAAGACAGGCGAAGCCAAGAAAAUGUCACGGGCAGACAGAGGAAAAUCAAGGAUGAUAUUGAGACUCUGAAUGCAAAUGCCACUCAGUACGGUGGAACUACGAUACAAGUCUUUAUCAAUGACACCGAUUCGACUGAUAAACCUGUUACUCCCGCGGCGACUCCAUCACAGGGAUCAACUAGUCCAAACUCUUCAGGACCAUCUAGUUCUGCAUCUAGUGGCCCAACAUCUUCAGGAGGACCGAGUAGUUCGGCAGCUUCAGCCAGUUCACCUUCUUCGGGAGGCCCUACUAGUUCUGGUGGGUCAACUUCUUCAGGAGGCCCUACUAGUUCUGGUGGGUCAACUUCUUCAGGAGGCCCUACUAGUUCU